GAAAAGAGCUGUAAGGUUUUCAGUAUUAAGCAGCAGAGCGCUUACAUUGUCAUACAGAAAUGGACGACGAUGGUUUAAUGUUCAACUUCGGAGGCGGCUCCGACAGCGGUGCGGUUACGAAUAGGAAGACAGCAGCAAAGGGCGGAAAGUGGCGAGAUCGUCUGAAAGCCAAGAAAGCAGCAAAGUCAUUCAACAGGAACCAAGGAAUGCUAUCCGAGGGAAGCACUGGACAACCUGCUCUUCCAAAGCAACCGAGAAGUGACGGUGCUGGAUCGACUAGAUUGCCCAAGUCCGACAAGCCUACUACCAAGGACGGCGUCAAACCGAAGGACAACAGUAAACCUACCGAAGCACACACAACAGCAUCCAAGAUCGCUCACGGCAAAGCGCAAGUCAUGUCAUCCUUGUUCACAUUCAAUCCAACCAUAGAGCGAAACUACAAGGCUGAAAAAGAUGUAAAUAGAGGAGAUGUGGUACCAAGUAAUGCUCCCGUAGCGGAUACAACGACUUUCCUCGGUAUCGGCAUUGAACCAGAUCUCGUAGAACACAUGACCAACAAAUUAUCCAUCACUACUCCAACUAAUAUCCAAAAGAAUGCAUUGCCCAUCUUGUUGGGUCCAUCCAGAACGGUAUUGGACGCAAAGAUCCCAAGUAAAGACGUGGAUGUCGUUGUACAGGCUCAAACUGGUUCCGGAAAAACCCUCACCUACCUUCUCCCUAUUGUCAAUCGCUUAAUAUCUGCCUCCACCUCACUUACUGGCGUGGCUGCAUUUGGUGAUCGUUCCGUGGGAACAGUGGCCAUCAUUCUCACACCUACUCGAGAACUCGCACAACAAGUGUUGACGGUGUUAACAUCUAUUCUCAGUAUACCCCCUAGCAAGACCCCAGGCAAGAAACGUAACCAUUGGAUAGUACCUGGUAUCGUUAUCGGAGGCGACAAGAAGAGCUCAGAAAAGGCAAGACUUCGUAAAGGUGUGAACAUUUUGGUUAGUACGCCAGGUCGACUAUUGGAUCAUUUGAAAACAACCAAAAGUUUCAGUAUUGAGAACCUUAAAUGGCUGGUUCUGGAUGAAGCCGAUCGAUUGCUUGAUCUUGGAUUUGAGGAAACUAUCAAAGAUAUAAUGAAGAUCAUCGAUGAGCGCACGGCGACCCCCGGUAAAUUCAAACAAGCUAUGACCAACAAGUUUUGGCCCAAACGUCGACAAACCGUUCUCUGUUCUGCCACACUUCGAGAUGAUGUUCAAAAGCUUGCCGGUCAGAGCUUAGUGGAUCCAGUUUUCGUCAGUGGAAAUGGCGAUGUCAGUAGUAUGGCUGUGGCAACACAAGGCAUGUCCGCACGUGAGGACGACGCAAAAUUCACAACACCCAAUCAAUUAAAACAAACAUGCGUCCUGACACCAGCCAAGCUCCGGCUAGUGACACUUCUGGCAAUGCUAAAAUCAUGUUACACUACCCGCAAAGGCGGCCGCAUGACUCACAAGAACAAUAAGGUUAUUGUUUUCUUUUCAUGCUGCGAUUCGGUGGAUUUCCACUACGAUCUGUUUAUCAACGCUGGAAAACCAAGAAACGAAGGUGAAAACGCUAGUGAUGACUCUGAUGACGAAGACCCAACACAGAAAAUCCUUCGGGAAGUGCUUGAUGGCCAACCGCCCAAGAAAAAACAUGCAAGUCGCAAGCCCAUAACGCCACCAACUCAACAAGCAAAGGAUGAGGUUGUGGGAGUAAGCGGUACCGGUAAACUGCUAGAACAUGUGCCUAUAUUUCGAUUGCAUGGUGAUCUUGGUCAAGCCAUUCGGUCUCAAACCUACCAAGAAUUCGGUCAAGCACAGAGUGGAGUCUUACUGUGUACCGACGUUGCAGCCCGCGGACUUGAUCUGCCCGACGUGAAUCGUAUUAUACAGUACGACGCUCCUUCUGAUCUCAAGGACUAUGUCCAUCGUGUGGGAAGAACUGCAAGAUUAGGUAAAGCUGGCGAGGCCAGUCUGUUCCUCCUUCCCAGUGAAAUGGAGUACUUGGAUAUUUUGAAGGCACAAGACCUUCAUGCCUCCAUCAUUCCCGUGGAAACGGUUCUUGCCCAUCUGACAACCCAUGCGAAUAGUCAGGAUUAUCAAACGCCUGCACAAGAACUCCAAAACAUGCUUGAGCAAUGUGUUCUCCGCAGCUCCGAACGAAUGAAUUUGGCCAGAAAAUCCUAUUGGUCUAGUGUGCGUGCCUACACUACCCAUUCAGCCGCCGAGAAGCACAUCUUCCAUAUCAAGAAGCUUCAUCUGGGGCAUUACGCCAAAAGCUUUGCCAUGCGGGAAGCGCCAUCUGACAUGAACGAAACCAAUUCGAAAACGCAAAAGAAGCGACAACAAAAGAAUGACCGUCUGCCUGGAAUGAACACAUCUAAUAAUCGUACCAAACGAAAAUACGAUCAAGCCAGUGAAUUUGCCAUCAGUGGUGCCGCAAGUAUGGUGGGACCGCGGACAAAGCGAAAUAGGAAAUAAAGCAUGACAUUUCGUCC